AUGACCUCUCAUGAACCAUCACCACCAUUGGUGCCUACCGCCGCAUUUGCCUCCGCCCUCUCCCGAGUGGUAACUCCCGCAGACCGGGCCAAAAACGUCACAGAGUGGGUGCAUCGGCUUUCAAGAGCGUCUACCGAAAACUCCUCAACAAACAUGCCAGCCCUGGCGAGAACUCCGAAUCGAAGAGGAAAACGCCGCCAACACCGGUCUCUAGACGACUGCGGGUACAAUGCAGCCGUCCUUGCACCCGCACCGGAUCCUACUCCUAAAUCGAUUGCUCGAUGCCCCCUCUCCUCAGAACAACGCGAAGCUCUUUCCGCUUUACAGGACCUACAGAACGCCGGUUCUGACGAAUUGUCUGCCGACGAAGACGACACCGUUGAGAGCACAGCUCCUCAAGACCAUCGCACUGGCUCGGCGCAGAAUGAAGAUGGAAACAACGCCAGCAGCACCAACAUGGAUCCCCAGGUGACCCAGCUGCACAUCGCCAUCCACGAGCGGCUGCAGCGCCAGCGUGCUGUAGCGCGUGGCCGCCGCACCAUUGCUGGCGUCUCCGUUCCGUGGCCAAAGCGCUGGGCCGGCAGCCUCCAGUGGCGCCAAAACCAGGCCGCGCGUCAGCAGCUAUGGGAGAGUUCAUUUGACGGCACCACCGGAACACUUGGCGCCACCGGUGGCUUAGCCAGUGGCCUGACCACAAGCAUCACACAGCGGCUGUCUCCAGACCUCUCCGCAACCCACCAAAUCUCCCUGACGGCCAACAUUGGCGGCAACGUGGGCGGAACGACGGCACCGGCCGCUGUAGUGCCCGUUGCCCCGCCGGCUGCGACCACAGCGCCCAAGAAAAACGCAAAGGCGAACAAACUUGUGGGAGACGGCACCGACAUCCCGCAGCAGUGGAAGUGGUUCCUUAGCCCGCGCGAGACGAUAUUGGAGUGGGCCAUGACCAAAGCCCGCAGCGAGAAGCGGAUGGAGCGGAAGCGGACGAAGAAAGACAAGGCCGCUCAGCGCAAGGCCCUCAAAGCGCUCAAGGAACAGGAGGCCAAGGUUGCUCAGAAAUCGGUGUCUGUGGACGUGUACGGCCCCGGGGUAGCCACGGGCGAAGAAGUGCCACUUGAUGGCGAUGAUGUGGUACGCACUGCAGAACAGCAGCUGGAGGCGCGGGCUCGCGCGAGAGCAGCGGCGACACUGGGGCCGAGACCGCCCGGCACAGAAGCAGAGCUGGCCGUCGAGGCAGAAGCAUUUGCCGCGGCGGCAGUGGCUCCUCGCCUAGUCACCCAGUACGGCCGCGUUUGGGUGCGACCAAAGAACAUGUACGGCGAAGAAGGAUCAGUGGCCGCCACGGGCGACGGUGCUGCCUCCAACGUUGACAAUGACAACAUUGGCGAUGCCAGCAGCUACUACGAAAUCGGCCCAGGCGUGGCUACCUCGCCGCCUCCCUGCUGUGCUUGCGGGGUGUCGGCACCGCCCAACUCGGUGGUUGAUUCUGGAUACGGCCACAUGGAGGCACCUGUGAUUUUCGACGAGGAGGAAGAGGAGAACUGGCCGUCGUCUCUCAUCCAACUCGUCUCCCUCUCCCUGACGUCAGGGACUGAGUUGCCGUCCCAUGCUACGGAGUCAGCUUCUCAGGCCGCAACCACCACCGUUCGAUGCUCGUGCCGAUCCGGCCCACCUACUGCGGGUGCCAUUUCUGAGGUUGACGGCGCCACAGAGGUUCCUGCUUCAUACCGACGUCGUUCAUGGGCACGUUGUGAGAGCAGCUUUGAUGACGGCCGGAGCUUUGUCACCUGUCUCAGCCGGCUGUAG